GCAAGCAGCAGAGCAAUACCAAAGUGAGUGAGUGAGUGAGCUUCCAAGGUGAGAGCUCGGGGGAGAAAAAGAAAAGAAAAGGUGAGUUAGGUAUUAAAUUUAGGUGUAAGUGUGCUUCACACAGAGAGCAUAUUGUGUGAUUAAAUUGUAAGUUUAUCAAAAUUAUAAUCAUAUUUUGAGGAGUAGGAAACACCAAAAGAGAACAACAUUUGAAUGUGUACUCUAUAUAAUUUUAUUGUAUAGUGAAAUACUUUUUAGAGUUUGUCUUAUGGUUUUUUUUCCUUAAUAGUUUUUGAGGUUUUUCCAUGUAAAUUUGGUGUUGUCUUAUUAUUAUUUUUUCUUUUAAGGAGUUCGUUAAACCAUCUAUUUUAUUUUGUUUCGCUGCUUAUUUCACUAUUUUUUAUUAUUGUUCAUGUGUUUUAUUCACAAGAAUGAUUUCAUUCCACUGUGCCAUUUUUCCAAACAACUAGUAUUAGAGCAAAAUGAUCAUGUUAAAUAGUUCAAACUAUCAACUAUGGAAGGGGAAAAUGGAAGACCUUCUUUAUGUGAAGGAAUUUCAUGAGCCUGUCUUCUCAGAGCAAAAGCCAGAAAGCAUGAAGGACGAAGGAUGGAGGUUGUUCCAUAGGCAAGUGUGUGAAUUUAUCCAGCAGUGGAUUGAUGAUAGUGUGUUAAAUUAUAUCAAUGAUGAAACUGAUGCACGGACACUAUGGACAAAGUUGGACCAGCUUUUUCAGGUGCAGAUUGGGCAGAACAAAUUGUGCCUUAUAAAGCAAUUAAUGUAUUUAAGGUACAAGGAUGACACUCCAAUGGUAGACCAUGUUAAUGAUUUCCUUGGCAUCAUCAAGAAAUUAGCCAAUAUUGGCAUAGAUUUUGAUGAUGAGGUGAAUGGUCUAAUUCUUCUCAAUACCUUGCCAGAAUCAUGGGAGAGUUUUAGAUCAAGAAUGAUCAACUCAUCUCCUAGUGCUAAAGUCACACUAGAAAUUGCCAAAAACAGGAUUUUUGAAGAGGAAAAGAGGAUGCAAGCAUUGGGAAUCUUUUUGCAAUCAAACACUCAGGUUCUUGUCAUGGAGAACAGGGCUAGGAGUAAAACCAGAGAACCCAAAAGACAAGGCAGAUCCAGAUCCAAGUCUAGAAGUAUAGUGAAAUGCUAUUAUUGUGGCCAAUCAGGCCACAUGAAAAGAAAUUGCAACUUGUUGAAAGGAAAAGACAAGAAAGAAGUUUGAUGAUAGCAAUACUUUCAUUGUAGCAUCUACUAGUGGUGGUGAUGUGACUUUAUUAUGUGAUUGUGGAGAGUGUUGCAAUGUAAAAAACUUUGAUAAUGAGU